AUGGUGCAGCGCACAUUAAUAUCAAUCGUAUUUAGAAAUUGGCGGCGGCAGAUAGUGCUAAACGUCGGGGUUAGCACCCUUUUAUGGCUUAGUUUGAUUUCGUUCGUCUGGAGUGGAGCCAAUAACCUUCACAUGAACGAUGGCGUGCGGACGCAGGACAUUAUCGCAGGGGACGUGUUUUUUGAAAUUCUAGAACCUUCGGCACUCGAGUACACGUACCGUGUGCGGCCAGCGAAAGACUUUGGUGGAACGUUUGGAGUAUCGUUCAAAACGGCACGAGGCAAACUGGUGCCAGCGAUGCCGGCUGAUGCAUGCUCUUCGGAUUUCGUAAACGCCGAUGAACUAGUUGGCAACAUUGCACUCGUUGAGCGCGGUCAUUGUUCGUUCCUAACUAAGGCUAUCAACGUAGAGAAAAUAGGAGGUACAGCAAUAAUAGUAACAGAGUACGAUACAGAAAUCGAUGAUUUCGACUACUACAUUGAGAUGGUGCAUGAUAAUACGGAGCGAGAUACGGACAUCCCGGCCGCCUUUUUGCACGGAAAGAAUGGAAUAAUUAUACGGCGAACGUUGCAAAGGUUGAACCUUCCGUAUGCGAUAGUCAAUAUUCCUGUAAACCUUACAUUUAUACAGCCACAUCAGAUAAACCAGCCACCUUGGUUGCCUUGGUGAAUGGAAGACA